AUUGUACUUCCGGUAUUUUCUCGACGCUAUGAAUUGUAACGUAGCGUUGUCGGUAGAAGCGACUGUGCCGCCGACAGGACUUGUCUUAUUCCGUCGUUAUUUUCUUCAGGUUUGCGACUCAGUUCGAAUGACAAUCCAGGAGGGACAGACACACCGUUCAUGUAGUGAAAACCAUCGAAGUAUUGGCUGCAUGGAGGUCGUCGACAGUCCGCUUAAUCUCGCCCAUCAGCAGUGCAGGAAGGCAGAUCGUUUGCUUGCUGCUGGAAAAUAUGAAGAGGCAAUUUCAUGCCAUGGCAAAGCAGCAGAACUUCUGACAGAAGCAAAGAAGACAACAGACUGUAAACAGGCUCGUGUGUCCAUGGAGUUGCAAAGGGAGAGGCAUAUUAAACAGCAGGAUCUUAUCCAGGAGCGCUGGAAGAGGGAAGCCCGUCGGGAGGCCACAAAAACCCGACCUGGCUCAGUACCACCAUGUAGAAGCCCUACCCUCCUCAUGCCAUCCCAGUCAGCAGACCAGACCCAAAUCACGCCCACCCCCUUAGCUUUAGUGUGUGCGGGAGGUAUGGAGAGAGAGUACGACACUCUACUCUACCAGCUUCAAACUCGACAGGUCGGAACCCUCCAAACCGUGACACCCUGUCCUGGCUCCAAGACCACCAAAGAUGACAAAACUCGCCUGGAAGAACAACAGACCACAAUUGAAGACCUGAGGCGCCUAGUCAACCAUCUGAUGGAUGAGAACCAGCGGCUCACCUCUGAGAACGAGAGGCUACAAUCCGAGAACACCCGACUGCGGGCCGAGGCCACAGAUGUUGUGGAGCGCUCUGAGCUCUGGGUGCUCCCUCAGGCUGGGGGCACCAUGGCGACAGGGAACAGCCAGGAGAGAAAAAGCACAGGGAAAGGAAAGGAGAUAGCAAUCCCUCAGCUGCCCCCGCUGGAGAUGCCUGCUCAGGAAGAUCUAUGUUUGGAUGACCUGCCUCCUCUGGAGCUGCCAGAGGACCUCCAAAAUGAGCUACAGGAGCUGCUGGACAAAGACAAACUGUGAUAAAGACUUUUCCGCUGCCUUUUUAUUCCAUACACACAGACUUCACAGGGUUCAAACCGAUUUGCUUCUUUUCGGUUCGGAUGCCAAAAUGUGUGGCACAGAGUACUCGGAAGGACGCCAGAGUCUCCAGGCCUGGUUCAGCUUCACAGGUAUGAUCAGACAAAAGAAGUACAACUAGUGGAAUUGAAUCAUCAGAUCAAUGAUAUCAACCUUCUCAAAAUUGUUCCCUACUUCUUCAUUUUCAUAUGAGAGUGGUCACUGAAUGAUGUUUAGUCGAGCACCUAAAAUAACUCAAGAUUUGUUCAUUUUGAAGCUUAAUUGUGAAGAUGAAGUACCUUUUGAAAUUCCACUCACGGUACACCAGCUACAACGGCCAGUUUAUUUACUGCUACUAUUCGUUCAUUGUUGCAAUUGCCGUGAAAAAGUAUUGGCCCUAUUCCCAGUCUUAUAUUUUUGCAUGGAUUCCCCACGUUGAUGUUUAAGAUCAUCAAACAAAUGUAACCCAGGUGAAGCUGGUUCUAAAUGGUGAUUUAAUUUCUAAAAGAAAAAAAAACUCCUCAAUGUUGGCGUCUCCAAAACCUUCAUUUUGUUUUUCCAACCUAUUCAGAAGUUGACUUGCUGGUGUGUUUUGGAUUGUUAUCCAGCUGCCGAACCCGAGUGCGCUUCAGCUUGACGUCACGAACUGAUGACUGAAUAUUCUCCAGAACUUUCUGUUAAAGAGCGGAAUUCAAGGUUCCGUCAAUCACAGCAAGUUGUCCAGGCCCUGAAGGAGCAAAGCGGCCUAAGACGAUCACACUUCCACCACCGUGUUUGACUGUUUGUGAUUACUUGAUUGAACUGGUCUGGAGGUAAUAGGCUUGGGUGUGAUCAGUGACAAUUAACCAAAAAUUGUGAUUAGCCACAAUUGAUUUGUGGGGUAAUUACUUUUUCACACAGGCCCAGGUAACUUUGAAUAGUUUGUUUUCCUUAAUAUCACAGUGAAAUCACAGUUUAAAAACAGCAUUUUAUGUUUGUUUUUUUUGGAUGAUCUUAAAGUGGGGAAACUGCAAAAAUCUAGGAAUUUGAGAAGGGGGGGCCAAUACUUUUUCGCGGCACUGUAUUUCUAAAUCCUUGUGUGAUUACUAGGUGAUAAGGUCAUACAGGUCCUCAAAAUCCUUUUUUUAGGGUUGCCUGUGAGGAGAUGGUCGAGAGGCAUUAAACCUGAUAAAUGUCUUCAGUGUGAUUUUGUGCAAAGAAUCCUUAUAAAAGGACAGUUAGGCCUGUAUUUGUGCGUAAGCCAUUUUGUUUUUUAUAUAAAUGUGCUUGGGCUUGCACACUUUUCAUCUACGCGUACUCUCCCGUCCAGACCUCUGACACACCCACCGCACGUAAGCAGUAAAUGAGUGCGCAAACACCUCGGAGGUGUUACUCAUUAAAUUCUAAGGCUGGCUGAAAAUCAUGGAGCACAGAGUUUUUUCUUGAGACGUGUGACUGUUAUUGAAACCUAUGAGAAAAAUAAAGCCCACUUUAAAUAUAAAAUUCUUUACGUGUGUUGUCGGCCAGUCGGGACUUGCAUACUGUUCCGGCUAACACACUAACACUUUGAAAUAGCCAGCUGGUGCUGAUAUUUUUCUUUUAUUAAAUAUGGCUACAAUGCUCUGAUACCCGACUCUCAGCACCCCUUUGAUCAGCUCAAUAAUAAAAAAAAUCUUCUCUCUCUACAUACAUUUGAAGUCACUUACAACGUGUGGCGACAUGUCACAAUCCAAACAAAGUGCAAUAUGAUGGUUCACCUUCAAGGGACUAGUAGGCAGCCUCUGGAGCACAUAAGAGAAAAAGUGCUAGCGAUCACCGCAGAAUGCACAAAAAGCCAGAUUUGACAGGAAACGCCCACCUUUUAGGCUUUCUCCACCCGGAGUGCAUACCUGGCAUUGAAGGUGUGUUUAAGUGGAGGGGAGAAUCUGUGUGGCAGCAAACCUGACCGUAAUAAAAAAAAAACAUAGGUUUGGUAUUUUCUGGUCAUUAAUUUUUUUUCUCUCUCUCUCAAUUCAUUUAAUCAGACCCAAAACAAGAGCAGACACAGUUGCUGUUUUUGUCUCAUGUUAAAAAAAAAUCAAGAAACAUUGCAAGUGAAAUGAUAUGAAAGUGUGCAAAUAUCAACAAAAAAGGGGAAAAUAUAAAAGUAGUCCAGUAAAUAUGAUUGACACACAAAAUCUACUAAUUCUGCUGUGGCAAGAUAACUUACUUGCCUUGUAAAAAUGUCGUAGCCUUCUAGGUGACGUGUGACUACAGUAACUGUCGCCAUCUGGUGGCCGCGUACGGUAAACGCUGUUUAAUGCUUGAGACACACAGAUUUUUAUAAAACCACAAAAACGCUGUUUAAUUGUAAGUGUAAUUGUAGGCACACAUAGGCAAACAACCAUCCGCGCUCACAUUCCCACCUACGGGCAAUUUAGAGUCAUCAAUCAACCUACCACGAAUGUUUUUUGGGAUGGGGGAGGAAACCAGAGUACCCUGAGAAAAUCCACUCCUGUUGUGGGGUUUGCAUGUUCUCCCCGUGCCUGCGUGGCUUUUCUCCGGGGUAUUAAUUAAUGAAGACUCAUCACCUUGUUUUUACACAAUUUUGAAAUAAGCACACAAGAAGUUUGCCAGGGGAGGGGAGCUGUUCUGACCAUAGAUGCGAAGACUAUCCGCUGUAGCAGACCCGCUACCGACGACGUGCCUACGUGGCGGCCAUGUUGGGAAGGUCGAUGUUCCCUUCAAAGGCAAUGCACGGAUAUUGAAAUAAGUCAUAACUUGUUCAUUUCGCAUCCGAUUUUUAAGAGGUUUACUUUUUUGUCAAUGCCAAAGCGUGUGCUAUCGUCACAUAACAUAUUUUUCUUUAUAUCUUUUCUUUUCAAGUUUUGGGCUGGCCUUGCCACUGUUUGCCGCAAACAAAUGUUAUUGAUAUCAAUGUGUUUGUAUUGAAAUAUCAUUUGACACAAUCAAGUGUGGAAAAUAACUUUCAUCAUGUGGUGUCCGUUUUUAUUGACGCAAUUCUCAAAGCGUUGAUGGAUGGCUUCCGCUCUCUAACAUUGGACGUGCGGGUAUUUUUUUUGUUCACUUGUCGCCAUCCUCACGUUCUUCACUGUACUAUUUGUGACUAUAAACGUGUGGGGCCUCGUCUGUUGAGUGACGCAGGAUUUAGCGAAUGAGAGUGUUGAGUUGGCUGUUAUUGGCUGAGGAUAUCGGCUGGCUCUUAAUUGGCUAACUGUUAGCACUGGCUAGCCGUUCGCACUGUUGAGUUUCUCUGGGCAUCAGUUGUGGCUGCGCAGCUGGUGUAUGAAUGUGCUUGUUAUGUGUUUAUUUUUGUUUCUCUUUGUUCAGUGAAACAAUUGAAAGAGCACCAGUGGCGAUAUUACAGUUCUUUCUAACUAGCGUGGUAGGCAAUAUUAAAUUAGCCAACGAUG